AUGGAAUUUUUCCUCUUUUCUCAAAUGCCUUCAUUUUUUCAUCUUGCCUCUGCACUUGUGUUCAUCCUAAUAGUAUCCCACUCUUGUCAUGCUCAACAGGACUAUUUGGAUGCACACAACACAGCUCGUGCUAGUGUGGGAGUCGAACCAUUAACAUGGGAUGACCAGGUGGCAGCCUACGCCCAACAAUAUGCUUCCCAAUUGGCUACUGAUUGCAACCUCGUUCAUUCUCAUGGCCAAUAUGGUGAGAACCUUGCUGCCGGUAGUGGUGACUUCAUGACGGCCACGAAAGCUGUGGAGAUGUGGGUCGAUGAGAAACAAUACUAUCACCAUGACUCCAAUACAUGUGAUGAAGGACAAGUGUGCGGACAUUAUACUCAGGUGGUUUGGCGUAAUUCUGUUCGUCUUGGAUGUGCUAGGGUUCAAUGUAAUAAUGGAGGAUACGUAGUAUCUUGUAACUAUGAUCCUCCAGGUAAUUUUAUAGGCCAAACUCCAUACUGAAAAGCGACUUAUUACUUAAUGAUUACAUAUAUAUUUGUGCUCCUAUGUGAGGUACGUACGUAGUUCCAUAUUAAAAGUAAAAGAAUAAUGUACAAGUUGUAACAAGUAUGAAGCUGCUUCUAUAUAUAUAUAU